CAGUCAGCUACUAAACGUUUCAGACGCAUUUCUCACAUCAUAAAUUCAGCAGAAAAUUCACAUUUUUUUUUUUUUACUAUAAAGUGUGGAAAAAUCCGAAGGCUCUAGUUUAUAAAGCGUGUUGAUUUGGUCGCUUUGGUAUUGGGCAUUGGCUUUGUUUUGUGUUUAAAUUUUGGUUAUUUGAUUUUGGUUCGUCGGAAGCAAAAUGACUUCGAUUGAAUCAAAACGCGUGCAAUACCGCAAGUACCUGGAGCGUGCCGGAGUUAUCGAUGCGUUGAGCAAGGCGCUAAUAAAGCUCUACGAGGAGCAGAAUAAACCCGAAGAUGCGAUUCGAUUCGUGCGCAAGUUCAUGUGCGAAAGCUGCCCGGAUGAUGCUCAGUAUGAUUUGAUGAAGAAUGACUUGGAUGAGGCCAAGACGACGAUAGCUCGCCUCGAGCAGGAGCUGGAGCGGCUGCGUGGACAAAUCAAGAAGUCACCGGAGGAAUACCAGGAACUUACUAUGGCUGGCUACAAGUCCCUGAUCGACGACGAGGAAAAUGUCAGUUCGCUCUUGCGCAAAUACCUCACGCCCGAGUUGCUGGAGGAAUACAUGCUGGUGACCACCCCAUCUCCGGUCGAUGCCUAUCUGUAUGAUUGUGCCGUGUCUGGCUUCGAGCAUCAUGAUGCGCCUGUGGGCAUUUAUGCGGCCGAUCCGGAGUGCUACGAUGUGUUUACUAAGCUAUUCGACCCGAUUAUCAGGGAGUAUCACGGCCAGGAAGAGAACGAUAGCGAUGUGCUGCAGAAGGACGUGGACUGGGGUAACGUGGACGAGAUCGAGAAUCUGGAUGCGGAACGCAAAUAUAUACUCUCUACGCGCAUACGCCUUUCGCGUAAUAUUGAAGGAUUGCCGUUCUUCCCCAAGCUGACAGAGAAGCAGCUGAUCGAGGUGGAGGAUAAGAUCCGUGCGGCCACCGAAACCAUGGACGGCGAGCUGAUUGGCACCUAUCUGACGAUGGGUGACAUUGAUACCGAGACUCAGCAGGAGAUGGUGAAGCGCAACGUUCUCUUCGCGCGAGGCGAAGGCUAUUUGCAGACCGCUGGCUGCUACCGCUUCUGGCCGACCGGGCGUGGAGUCUACCACAAUCCCGCCGAGACAUUCAUGAUUUGGUCCAACGAGGAGGAUCAUGUGCGUGUCAUAUCGGCGGCCCAGUGCGGUGACCUGGGUGACGUCUACCAGCGUCUGGUCACCGGCAUACAGGAACUGGAGAAGAACCUGACAUUCAUUCGUCAUCCAAGCUACGGCAAUCUGACCGCCUGUCCCACAAAUUUGGGCACCACAUUGCGGGCAUCUGUGCAUAUUCGCCUGCCCCUUCUGAGCAAGGACGAGGAGCGAUUGAAGGCAAUGUCUGAGGAGCUGUCUCUGACGAUACACGGUACCGGUGGCGAGCACACCCCUAUCGAGGAUGGCGUUAUGGACAUAUCGAACAAGCGUCGCAUGGGCUUCACCGAGUUCGAGCUGGUCAAGUCUCUGCAGGACGGCAUUGUGGCUCUCAUUAAUGCCGAGGAAGAACUGGAGAUAGCGGGCCAGGAGGGCUAGUCUCGUCCCGCAGCAAUAAUAGCACACCACCACCACCAUUGUCACUGCUUGAAGACAAACAUCAUCAUGGGCAAAAUGGGGCUGAACGUGCGAGUUUACUCUAAGCAAAUUAAGUUGUCGGUUAUCACAUUGUUUCAAAUUAGGUACACAAAUAUUCGGUUUAAUAAAUUUCAGCCCCUUCGAAAGU